AAUGAAAUCAAUAUCAUUCCACAUAGAUGGAACGCUAUAUUAUUGAUGCUCGGCAUUAUUUCAUUGUAAUGGAACAAUAUAAAUUCAAUAGGAGGUAUAUAUCUUUAUCCCUUAUAUAAACUCGUUGAUCAUCGAACCAAAGGCAAAAAUCUUAGAAAUAUAAAACGAUACGCUUGACUCUCUCCUACUGCAAAAUUGUAUAGUGAAAACUAAUAUUUCACAAUGAAAAUAUUAAUUUUAUUAGCCAUACUUGUCAAUAUCUUAUAUUACGUAAAUUGUGGAACUAUUACGAAGAAUAUACUAAGAAAUAAUUCCGAAUCAAAAGCUCUCGCUGGAUUAUUGGUACAUAUUAUUAAUAAAUAUUUCGAUGAUUGCGCAAUUAUAAUUAUUUACGACGCUCACUUCGAAAAUAGCGAAUUUCUUCCACAUUUCCUUCCAAAAAUCACACAAACAUUCGUUCACAAAAGUCUCAACUUUUCACUCGUCGAUAAAACACAAAUUGCCUUUAAUAAUAAAAAUUACAAUUAUAUACUCUUUCUUGAAAAUUUAUCAACAAUAAAGUACGCUAUCGAUCGCGAGACUACCAAUAAAAUAGUUAUCGUCACUACAGCAACUUCUUGGUUAGUUAAUGAUUUCUUGAGAAGUCACACAUCCAAAUCAUAUAUUAAUUUACUAAUCAUCACACAAAGUGCCCGUAAGAAGAGAAAUGAAAAUGCAUAUUUGCUGUAUACACAUAAAUUAUAUCUGGAUGGCGUUGGAACGAGUAAAGCAAUCUUACUGACAUCUUGGAUCAAUAAUUCAUUGACAAAGCCACACGUUCUACUAUUUCCGGAUAAAUUACAAGAUGGCUUCAAAGGUCACAGGAUUUUAAUAUCAACCGCACACCAACCGCCAUUCGCUAUAAGGAAAGCUAUUGCCGGUACCGAUGAGAUAGCGUGGGAUGGAAUCGACGUACGUUUAAUCAAAUUACUCGGUGACAUAUUAAACUUUACAGCAGAUUUUCGUCCGCCAACAUCAACGACACUUAGUCCAAUCGCUGCAGCAACAAAUGACAUCAGAAUGGGCUUGGCUUCUAUAGCUAUUGGUGGAAUUUACAAAACGACGAACAUAACCUCUCGUUUCGACACUUCUUUUGGUCACAUUGAAGACUGCGCGUCAUUUUUAUCACUUGCAUCUACUGCAUUACCCAAAUAUCGCGCCGUUCUUGGUCCUUUUCAAAUAACUGUCUGGAUUCUAUUGACAUGUUCAUAUUUACUUGCAAUUGUUCCGUUGACAAUGAACAGCGAAUACUCUCUACUAUCUCUGCUGACCCAUCCGAGCAGGACAAGCGACAUGUUCUGGUUUGUGUUCAGUACAUUUACGAACUGCUUCACUGUGAAAAAUCCUUUGUUGAACUACGGACUAGGAAAGAAUUCUACGGCGAUUCUAAUUGGUAUUUAUUGGGUAUUUACUAUCAUUGUAACGUCUUGCUAUACCAGCUCUAUUAUCGCCUUCAUCACUGUGCCCGUCUAUCCAACCGCAAUGGAAACGGUUGAGCAACUUCUCAGAUACAGAUAUCGAAUUGGAACUUUGGAUCAUGAUGGAUGGGAAAAGUGGUUCGAGGAUAUCGACGAUCCAAUGGCUCAGAAAUUAUUAAAAAAUAUCGAAUGUAUUCCUUCAGUCGAAGAUGGCGUCAGGAAUGUCAGUCGAGCUUAUUUCUGGCCAUAUGCAUUUUUAGGGUCUAAAACAUUAUUGGAAUACAUAGUCCAGGCUAAUUUUACUCCAAGCUGGAUAACCAAGAGAUCUCUUAUGCAUAUCAGUCACGAGUGUUUCAUGAAAUUCGGCGUGACUUUCGUGCUACCACGUAAAUCGGUUUACACGGAGGCUUUCAGUAGCGUGAUUUAUCGAGCACAACAGACCGGCCUCGUUGAGAAGAUCGUUCAGGACGUUAAGUGGGACAUACAGCGUACAGCAACGGGAAAGUUACUACAAGUCACCAAAGGUCCUACGCUACGCCUGACACCGGUUGAGGAACGUCAAUUAACUCUAGAUGAUGUUCAGGGGAUGUUUCUUGUAUUUGGGGCUGGUCUACUGAUAGGAUUCUUUGUUUUAUUACUAGAAUGUCUUGUUCAUAGUGUAUUUACUUAUUGCUGCAAAAAGCAUACGGAUGAAUCGGUAGCUACAACUAUAGAUUGGCAUGUUGAUCCGGAAAGUAUUGAAAACUUAGCAAGUACUGAAUCGGACUUUCGUAAUUUAAGACAUAGAAAGGUUAGGAGAAGCGUAUGAAGAAUAGCUCAAAAAUGACCAAAUAUUAUUGACGUCG